CGAGACGCCCGAGGCCAAGCCCGAGAGUCGGGUGGCGCAGAGCCGGAAACGCGGUGCGCCCGGCCGCUCUGCGAGGGCCCGGGCCUUUCCCCGCUUGCCGCCGUCGGACCGGCCUCUGCGGGCUACCUGCCCGCAGCCUCUGGACUCAGCCUCCCGGGAGGCCCCUGCUCUGUGCCGGAGGCCACGUUUGCCCACCGACGACGGCGGGGACGCGCGGCCGGGGCCCGUUGGGGUGCGGAGGCCAGGGAAGGCUCAGGUCCCGGGCGGCGGCGGGGAUUGCGGGAGCAAGAGGCCCCAAGGCUACGGGGCGUGGAGCGCGGGACCUGCCAGCACCCAGGGUGAGUGGGCCCUGCCUCGCGGGCGAGGCGCAUACGGGACCGGUGUGGCCAGCUGGCAAGGUUAUGAAAACUACAAUUACUAUGGCACCCAGAAUACCAGCGUUGCCACGGGAGCAGCCUAUGGCUAUGGCCCAGCCUCCUGGGAGGCCGGCAAGGCCAACGAUGGCGGCCUGGCAGCAGGGGGUCCUGCUGUGCACAUGGCCACUUUCGGCCCGGAGCCCUGCGCCGACAGUUCCGACUCCCUCAUCGCCAAGAUCAACCAGCGCUUGGACAUGAUGUCCAAGGAAGGAGGCAGGGGCGGCGGCGGGGAGGGCGUGCAGGACCGGGAGAGCUCCUUCCGCUUCCAGCCAUUCGAGUCCUACGACUCGAGGCCGUGCCUGCCCGAGCACCACCCCUACCGCCCCGGCUACAGCUACGACUACGACUUCGACCCGGGCUCCGAGCGCAACGGCAGCUUCGGCGGGCAGUACAGCGACGGCCGGGACCCCGUGCGUGAGCGGGGCUCCCUGGAUGGCUUCAUGCGGGGCCGGGGCCAGGGCCGCUUCCAAGACCGCGGCAACCCCAGCGGCUUCAUGCGCAGCGACCCCUUCCUGCCGCCCUCGGCCUCCUCGGAGCCCCUGUCUGCCCCCUGGAACGAGCUGAACUACGCGGGCGGCCGGGGCCUGGGCGGCCCCUCCCCGAGCCGGCCGCCCCCGUCCCUCUUCUCCCAGUCCAUGGCUCCCGACUACGGCGGCGUGAUGGGCAUGCAGGGGGCGGGCAGCUACGACAGCUCGGUGCCUUAUGGAUGCGGCCGGUCGCAGGCCCGGAUGCGGGAUCGGGAUUGGGACCACCGGCCCAGGAGGAGAGGGUUUGACCGCUUCGGACCAGACGGCAUGGGCAGGAAACGGAAGCAGUUUCAGAUUUACGAGGAGCCGGACGCCAAACUGGCCCGGGCUGACAGUGAAGGGGAUUUUUCUGAAAACGAUGACGGAGCUGGCGACUUCCGGUCAGGAGAUGAAGAAUUCAGGGGUGAGGACGAAUUCUGCGACUCCGGCAGGCAGAGAGGAGAGAGGGAGGAGGAGGACGAGGAGGUGAAGAAGAGAAGAGAAAAGCAACGCAGGAGAGACCGGAUGCGCGACCGCGCCGCCGACAGGAUCCAGUUUGCCUGCUCCGUGUGCAAGUUCCGGAGCUUCGACGACGAAGAGAUCCAGAAGCAUCUGCAGAGCAAGUUCCACAAGGAGACGCUGCGGUUCAUAAGCACCAAGCUGCCCGACAAGACGGUGGAGUUCCUCCAGGAGUACAUCGUGAACAGGAACAAGAAGAUCGAGAAGCGGCGCCAGGAGCUGACGGAGAAGGAGAGCGCGAGACCGAAACCCGACCCUUUCAAAGGGAUCGGCCAGGAGCACUUCUUCAAGCGCAUCGAGGCCGCGCACUGCCUGGCCUGCGACAUGCUCAUCCCGGCGCAGCAGCAGCUGCUCCAGCGGCACCUGCACUCGGCCGACCACAACCACAACCGCAGGUUGGCUGCUGAGCAGUUUAAGAAAACAAGCCUCCACGUGGCCAAGAGCGUUCUGAACAACAGGCACAUAGUGAAGAUGCUGGAAAAAUACCUCAAGGGCGAGGACCCUUUCGCCAGUGAAACCGCCGACCCAGACGCGGAAGGCGACGACAACUUAGCAGGCGAGGAGAAGGGAGAGACGCCCGAGGAGGUGGCUGCGGAAGUCCUGGCCGAGGUGAUCGCGGCCGCAGUGCAGGCCGUGGACGGGGAACGAGGGCCCGCCGCGGGGGGAGGCCCGGAGGACACAGCCGCGCCCGCCGACAGCAGCAGCGACCUCCAGGCUGAGCGGCCUCCGGAGGCCGGGACGCCCUGUUGUGAGGCGGCGUCUGGGAAGGGGACCACCGAGGCCGGGGGUGAGGCCCAGACCGGGAGUGAGGCCCAGGCCGGGGGUGAGGCCCAGGCUGGGAGUGAGGCCCAGGCCCGGAGUGAAGCCGAGACCGGGAGUGAGGCUGAGGCCAGGAGUGAGGCCGAGGCUCCGGUGGCCGAGGCAGAAAACACGGGCACAGCGGUGGUGGCGGCUCCAGCGGCCGCAGAGGCUGAAGCGGAACAAACAGACGUGGAAUCCAAGGACGCAGUUCCCGCAGAGUGACCCCCACUGCCCUGUCGCAGGGACCUUUGCUUUUCCUCCUCCGGUUUGUGGGCGGUGCGGGCGUGUCUUGCUGGAACGUGCGUAGACCAGCUGGGGAAGAGCCGCCACCUCCGUGCAG